AUGAGCCUAAAUCAAAAGACUUUCCGUCCUAAAAAGAGCGCAACAUCAGGAACCAAGGGAGCACAGCUUCGAAAGCAUAUAGAUGCAACUUUAGGUAGCGGGAAUCUUAGAGAAGCCGUGAAACUUCCUCCAGGAGAGGAUUUAAACGAAUGGCUUGCAGUGAAUCUGUUAUUUGGUACACUCACCGAGUUUUGCACUCCGGAGAACUGUUCUACAAUGACUGCUGGUCCCAAGUGGGCAGAUGGUGUACAGAUCAAGAAGCCUAUAGAGGUUUCGGCUCCAAAGUAUGUUGAAUACUUAAUGGAUUGGAUCGAGACUCAACUCGAUGACGAGUCCAUAUUUCCUCAAAGACUCGGUGCGGCUUUUCCUCCAAACUUUAGGGAAGUGGUGGAGACAAUCUUCAAACGACUGUUCCGAGUUUACGCACACAUUUACCACUCUCAUUUCCAGAAAAUCGUUAGCCUCAAAGAGGAAGCUCAUCUCAACACUUGCUUCAAACACUUCAUCCUCUUCACUCAUGAGUUUAUUCUCAUUGACAAGAAAGAACUCGCUCCUCUUCAAGAGCUCAUAGAAUCUAUCAUUGCUCCUUACUAA